GGUGUAAAGCCACUCUUUCGGCAAGGGUCGCCCCUCUUUCCCUGCUGUGGUCCGGGGUUCGUACUCUGUGCAGAUUUGGGCGAAUGGCGGGGAACGGGGGAGAGAAGGAACGCAGCCCAGCAUUGGGAGAAGGAAAGAUUAACCAGCAAACGGUAGACGCACUAGAGGAAAGCCAGGAUCUUCAGGAAGGCACUGCGGUCAGGUUACCCCGCAACCCUUCAGAAGAAUCGGAGUAUCAAGUCUCUUUGUUUGUUAAGGCUGGUGGAGACGGUGAAAGCAUUGGAAACUGCCCAUUCUCCCAGCGGCUCUUUAUGAUCCUUUGGCUUAAGGGCGUGAUAUUUAAUGUCACCACAGUCGACCUGAAGAGGAAGCCUGCCGAUUUGCAAAAUCUGGCUCCUGGCACCAAUCCUCCAUUUCUGACCUUCAAUGGAGAGGUGAAAACAGAUGUUAACAAGAUAGAAGAGUUCCUGGAAGAAAAGUUGGUGCCACCAAGGUAUCCAAAGCUUUCUGCCAGGCAUCCAGAGUCUAAUUCUGCAGGAGCUGAUGUUUUUGCCAAGUUCUCAGCUUACAUUAAAAACACGAGGAAAGACAUAAAUGAGAGUUUGGAAAAAGCCUUGCUGAAAGCUCUGAAGAAACUGGACGAUUACUUAAACACACCUUUACCUGAAGAGAUAGAUGCUAACAGCACAGAGGAAGAACUUUGUUCCCGUAGGAAAUUCCUUGAUGGAGAUGACUUGACCUUGGCAGAUUGUAACCUCCUGCCAAAGCUUCACAUUAUCAAGAUUGUAGCAAUGAAAUAUCGAAAUUUUGAAAUCCCGAAAGAAAUGACUGGAAUAUGGAGAUACUUGAAGAAUGCUUAUGAGAGGGAUGAAUUUGUAAAUACGUGUCCUGCUAAUCGUGAGAUACAAGUUGCGUACCUGGAUGUUGCAAAGAGAAUGAAAGCAUUCCUGUGGGCUUGCAAUGUGUCCCAUUGGGGACAUUUGCAAAACAAUUCCAACAUGAUGCUCAGGGCUGGUCUGUAAUCCAUGAAGGAUGAAGAACUAGCGAAGAAGUGAAGAUUGGGAAUUAGCAGGGAAAGGUCAUCAAACUGAGAGAGCUUUCAGCUGGUUGUAUUUCAAACUGCCGAAUUACUAUGUGCACCAUCUGUACAGCUGAAGGGGGCUGCUAGUGUUUGAUGCUUGAAUAGUUGAUUUCUUCCUAGCUCAAUGAAACUAU